UUGCACUGUAUCUCGAAUACUUCAACAUUUAAAUGAUUACUAAAAGACAAGCGAAAGUUGCUAGGACUUAAAAAUGAAUGACUUUAGUUGCUGUUAAUAGGUAUAGGUACAUGCCAUCUGUUUAUUCUACGGCGGGACAGGUACUUUAAAAUACAGCGAUGCGGGAAUUGAAUAUCAGACACUCAACGGAUUACUGCUCUAUUCACGCUGCUUUGAGCCACAUUCAUGAGCGCUUCGAGUCGGAGGACACUGAUGAAAAACGCGCGCGCAUCCUGGAAGACACAACAGAGCUGCUAACGGGCGCUCCUCUCGACUGGCUCUUCCCUGAACUAAACGCCGACUUGAGAGGCCAGUAUUUAAGGGUAGUGAACUCGUUAACCUGCUACGCUGCCCUGCCAGUGUGUGACACUGAUAGCGGAACUUUACCUGCCCAAAGUUACGACAGCAUACCUGUCAAAUCUCAGGCGGUCAGUGCAGUGUUACUUGCGGUUUCUGCGCAGAUUGAGAAGUUCCUUGUGAAUCAAAACAGUGCAACAAAAAGGUCCCUAGUUCGUACACUUGCUCCCUCACUUUAUAUAUUUGCUAUUACACACCUGCAAGAGCAACCUUGGACUGAUGGACCCUCAAGAAAAAGAGCCUCAGAACUCUUAAGAGCACUUUUGAGAAUGACAGGCAGCAGGUCAGUGCGGGAAUUGCUGUCUGGAAAGCCUGAUAAAGACCAGAAAGGAGUUUUCGGUCCAGUUCUUCACACACUGCAGUCAGAUUUAACUCAGAAGAACUGGAAGCAUAACCAGGCAGUGAAGCAUGUGUUCUCCACUACGCUUGUGCAGGUUGGACAACCCUGGUUAACUGAUUAUUUGGAGAACGUGUUUCCUCCAUCCCUGCUGAUUUCUGAUGAUUAUCACAUAGAAAACAAAAUAUUAGGUGUGCACUGCCUGCAUCAUAUUGUGCUCAACGUGCCUGCUGCUGAUCUGAGGCAAUUCAAUAGAGCCCAGGUGCUGUAUCAUACUCUGUUCAAUCAUUUACACACAUCCGAGGCGGCGCUCAUACAGGUUGUGCUGCCCUGCCUUAUAGACUUACUACCCAACCUUGAGAAACCUCCAGCUCAUGCAAGUUUUCCAUACAAAUCAAAUCGCUUUGAUGGUCUGCUGUGGCACAUUUUGACAUACAUGGAAAUGGAGCACAUGCUAGACCUCCGUCAAGUGUAUGCCAAAAAUCUUGUCCUACUUAUUGACAGGAUGGGUAUAUCAGUCAUACGUCACCUGAAGAGGCUGGAGAGGGUGAUUGUGGGAUACAUGGAGGUCUCAGAUGCUCCAGAGGAGAAAGCAAGACUGAGUAUCAUUGAUGCUCUUCAAAAGACUUUACAGAUUGCUUGGCCACGUAUGGAGAAGAGGAGGGAUUCACUAGCUCAGAGUCUUCUGAGGUUUCUGGUGGAUGUCUCAUCAGACUCAUCACCCACAGAGCUAAAAGAGCAGCUCAUGACUAAAGCAUCUGACUGUUUACUGCUGCUUGUGCACUGCUCAAAGGGGAAACUACAGACUCUUCUAAGAGAGGUAGACAGCAGUUGUGUCCCUGACCUGGUGUUCAAGUCUAUCCAGAAUGUCCUUGCAGCAUCUUGUCCGUAAGCUUUGACUAUUUGCCACUUUACCCAUCUGUGUAGAUGAAAUUGGCUCCAUUGAACAGGAACAUAAGACACACUGGGUGUGGACUAAACAAGGAAUGGUUGCUUUUUUUAUUUUAAAUAAAGUUGAUAAACCUGA